AUGCCACAUAGCAUGCGAACGGCUAUUAUUGACGCGGUGUCCAAAUUUCAAAACUACACCUUCAUAUGGAAGAUCGAUGAGAUCGACAAAGUGCCGGAAAUGCCGAAUCUUUUCACAAGCAGUUGGCUACCACAAGCCGCCCUUCUUGGGCAUCCGAAAUUGCGCUGUUUCGUGUCUCACGGAGGACUGAAUAGUGUACUGGAAUUAGCGAGAAACGGCAAACCGUCGAUUCUCAUUCCACUAUAUGGUGAUCAGCACAGAAACGCAAAACUUGUCGAACGCAGAGGUUCAGCAAUUGUGAUCUACAAAGAGCACUUAACAAGCGAAAACCUAAUCAAAAGCCUUCAGACCAUUUUAGAAGAUGACAUAUAUCGACAAAAAGCUGAGCGUCUUUCGUCACUAAUGAUUAAGAAACCCUUCAACCUGAAAGAACGUCUUCUGUCAACAGUCGAAUUUUCCGCACUCCAUGGUAAAAUUGAGGAGCUGGACUCGUACAGCUACAAAAUGGGGGUGGUACAGUACUUCUCCUUGGACGUACUAUUCGUUGCUCUUUCUUUGCUCGUGUUACUACUCCCUGCCCUGAUUUAUCUUGUUCGGAAACUUUUGAGAUUUAUGUUUGUUUAUAAGUACAAGGCUCACUGA